GCUGCCAGAGCACGGCACAGCACACAGGUGACGGCUUUGCAGCUCGCGACUUUGCAAUUGCAUGCCUUUACUUUGGGCGACGCCGGCUCGCAAACCCGGCCUAAACAGCGCCGUUCGUCGCGCGGCCGGGGCAGCAGCUACGCGCAAAGGCGACAGCUCGCGGAAUGGUCGGAAAGCGCGAUAGAAUCGGACCAGCCCGUCGGUGAGUGGUGACUUGCCGUUUUCGCCAAUAAAUAAAGAGAAUGAGAAGCUAGCCAACUACUCCUACAACCAGCAGCGCAGUUACACCCAAACCAGCAGCAUCGACGAUUCGCCGAGCUAGGGGCAGAGGCAGAAGUGCAGAACGUACACGCGUGGUGAGCAGAGGAGCAAUGGCGACUCGGCUUCUGCUGCUGCUGCUGCUCUUGCUCGGCAUGUCGCUGAAAGGAUCAGAGGGGGCGUGGUGCGUGUGCAGGCCGGACGUGGCGGAGGCGGCGCUGCAGAAGGCGCUGGACUACGCGUGCGGGCACGGCGCGGACUGCGCCCCGGUGACGCCGAGCGGGUCGUGCUACAGCCCAAACAACGUGGCGGCGCACUGCUCCUACGCCGCCAACAGCUACUUCCAGCGGAAUUCCCAGGCCAAGGGCGCCACCUGCGACUUCGGCGGCGCCGCCACCCUCUCCUCCACCGACCCCAGCUCAGGAACCUGCAAAUACCCUGCAACCGCAAGUGCUGCAGGGACAAGCACCGGAACCGGCACGGCGGGUGCAGGCACAGGCACCGGUACAAGCACGAGCACGAGCACGAGCACUUCUUCCCCGGGCUCUUCAACUGCAGCCACGGGUACGCCGAUCAUGGGAGGGACCUUCGCUACGCCGAUCGGCGGCGGCGCGUCUGGGCCGACGACUAGCGCCUUGAAUCCUGACAGCAGCGAAGCACCGUCCCCGUCCCUUGGACGUCAUCUUCUCCUCACGUGCAUUGCCUCCAUGCUGCUCUCUAAUUUUCUUUUGGCGUAGUAAUUUGGCCGGAAAGUAACGUGAACUGAAGCAGCAUACUGUGGGAGAAUGGAGAUUUGGCUUUCCUUUUCUGCUUUGGAGCUUGUCGCGGCCUGUUCUUUUUCUUUACCAGAACUGCAGGUCCUGGGUGUUUACACCUGUUGUACCAGUGCCCAGUGAACUGGCCGUUUGCAUCAUGGCAUGUUUAGUAUGUUAUCGUGCUAGUGUCAGCACAUUCUCACUGAUAUUAUUGAAUUUCCUA